AUGGUGGCUAGAAGGUGCCGCUGCUACACACUGAGAGGCUGAAAGAAAAGGCAAGGCAUUUUCGCAACAAAUCAAAUCACAGCUGAAAAAUAAACGCAGAAAGAAUUCAAGGUGCCUGCUUACACAAAACCUGGGCAGUUUUGAAAGAUAACCAUUCCCCGCCCCCCUUUGGUGUGAAUAUCCCUUGGAGAGGAUUCCCAGCAAUAGAGACAGGCCCUGCCAGCUCCUCGUUCGCCGUGCCGUAGGAUGUCCCGCAGCCCCGACCUGAAGGACGACCCCAUGGAGUGCCCCCUCUGCAUGGAGCCCCUGGAGAUCGACGACAUCAACUUCUUCCCCUGCACCUGCGGCUACCAGAUCUGCCGCUUCUGCUGGCACCGAAUCCGCACAGACGAGAACGGGCUGUGCCCCGCCUGCCGGAAGCCUUACCCAGAGGACCCCGCGGUGUACAAACCCCUGUCCCAGGAAGAGCUGCAGAGGAUAAAGAACGAGAAGAAGCAGAAGCAGAACGAGCGUAAACAGAAGAUGACGGAGAACCGCAAGCACCUGGCCAGCGUGCGCGUGGUGCAGAGGAACCUGGUGUUCGUGGUGGGGCUGUCACAGAGGCUGGCCGACCCCGAGGUUCUAAAGAGGCCAGAAUAUUUCGGGAAGUUUGGGAAAAUCCACAAAGUGGUCAUCAACAACAGCACAUCAUAUGCUGGGUCACAGGGUCCUAGUGCCAGUGCCUACGUCACUUAUAUUCGAUCCGAAGAUGCCCUCAGAGCUAUACAAUGUGUCAACAAUGUAGUCGUUGAUGGUAGAACACUUAAGGCCUCUUUAGGUACAACAAAAUACUGCAGCUACUUUCUAAAAAGCAUGCAGUGUCCAAAACCGGACUGUAUGUACCUACAUGAGCUGGGGGACGAGGCGGCUAGUUUCACAAAAGAAGAGAUGCAGGCGGGGAAGCACCAGGAAUAUGAACAGAAGCUGCUACAGGAGCUCUACAAAAUGAACCCCAACUUCUUACAGACCUCAGCCGGGGGAGGGGAGAAGACAAAGGGCAAAUCAGGCUCUUCACAAAGACCCAAUAGCAACAGCAAAGAGGCGUGGCCGUCGUUACAGAGCUCCGGCAAAACAGCCAAUGGGCUGGCUUCAGAGCACCUCAAGACACCGCCUCUCCUGGACGGGUCCUCAGACUCAGAGCACAUGACCCCGGACGGGCCCGACUCGGAGCUGGGGCUGGGGCCAGUCACCGCACUCUCCCCCUUCUCCUCCAACUGCGACCCUGCCAGCCCCACUGACAAACCUCCAGAAUCAAUAAGUAUAGGGAAUGGUGAGAAUUUACAACAGAUCGCCGGUCGGGACUCCCCCUCACCCCCUCCAGGCCUCACCAAGCCCGCCCUGGUCGUCCCGAUCAGCGUGUCAGACCUCACGGCCCGCUCCCCCUUCGAAGGGGCCGCGGCCGAGUCCCAGUCGCUCUUCUCCGACAACAGCAACUUCCGGCACCCCAACCCCAUCCCCAGCGGCCUGGCGCCUUUCCCCAGCUCCCCACAGGUCAACUCGGACUGGCCCACCGCCCCCGAGCCACAGAGCCUCUUCACAUCAGAUACCAUACCCGUGUCAUCAUCCACAGACUGGCAGGCGGCGUUCGGCUUUGGCUCCUCGAAGCAGCAGGAGGACGACCUCGGCUUUGACCCCUUCGACAUCACUCGCAAGGCGCUGGCUGACCUGAUCGAGAAGGAGCUCUCCGUGCAGGACCCCUCGCCCCUCUCGCCCGGCGCCCUCCACAGCCCCCUGCACGGCCUGCCCACCAAGGGGGUCCCCAGGGGAGGGCCCCCUCCCACCAACGCCCACUUCCCCAACUCGGGCCUGCCCCAGCGCUUCUCUCAGUUCCAGCACCGGGCCGUCUACAGCUCCUUCAGCUUCCCCAGCCAGCACGCCCGCUACCCCUGGAUGGGCGUGCCCACGCGCAAUAACCUCAUGCACUUGAACCACACGGCGAAUGCCACCUCAAAUAGCAAUUUCUUGGACUUGAGUUUGUCGGCACAGCACAGUAUGGGGCUGGGAGGAAUUCCCAUCACAGAAAAUAGCGCCUCUGUAGAAAGUAUAAACAUGAAAGAAUGGCAGGACGGCCUGCGAGCCCUCUUGCCCAACAUCAACAUCAACUUUGGGGGGCUGCCAAACUCUUCCUCCUCCUCUUCCUCAUCCUCGUCAUCCAGUGUCAACCACACAGGGGCGCCGGGAAACUCCGGGGGGGUCUCACACAGUUUAAGUUGGGAUGGGACGGCCAGCUGGAUGGACCCCGCCAUUAUCACAGGUAUCCCAGCAUCCUCAGGCAACAGUCUGGACUCCCUGCAAGAUGAGAACCCUCCGCACUGGCUCAAGUCCCUGCAGGCCCUCACAGAGAUGGACGCUCCUGGCUCCACAGUGCCCCCCCAGCCCCCGCACACCGCCUCCUUUGGGGGCGCACAGAUCCCCCUCCACAGAGCCGGCUGGGCCCCCUACCCGGCCCCCACGCCCAACCCCGCCGGUCAGUUCCACUCACCCCCGCCAGGCUUCCAGACCACAUUCAGACCCCCAGCCCAGACCCCCACAGACCUGCUACAGAGUGCAGCCAUGGACCGCCACUAGGGGGCAGCGCGAGUUAACCAAGCCCAAUGACCACAGACACACCAAUCAACAGAUUACAAAUCUAUUAACAAAAUAAUAACAAAAUUAUGUUUCUGUAUUUCCUUCAUCUCCUUCUAAGCUUUUUCUGAUGACCCGUUCUUUUUUUUUAUCCCCCUCUUUCCAUAUAUUUAUUUUUUUUGACAUGCCCUAUUCCAGCCCUACUUCUCGGUCCUGUCUGAAUGCAACCUGAUAGCUUUUCCUUCAAGGCAUUUGGGCCUCCUGUUGGGUCAGUAGGUGUUUGGAUGAGCUUAGGGCUGUGACUGCUAGCAGCCUAGCUGGGCUUGCCAAGUCUAGGGAAAGCUUUGAGGAACAGGGACAUGAGGGUUAUGUUAACAGCUCUGCAGACUGCAACCUGGAAAAAAAGCAGAGAUGCAUUGGGUAUGAUGAAAACUCAGACAAAAUGGAGGGAAAAGGUAAACCUGACAAACGGUGUGAGGUAAUUAAAUGAAAUCAAGACAGUUUAAGGACGAAUACCAAGCUGUACCGAAAUAAAUGCUCCUCUUUCAGCGGCUCCUUCUGUUCUGACUUAUUCCCCUGUCAGCCCAAAAGGCAGAAUGGUUUGAAGAAUCAUGGUUGGACUUCAAGAUUUUGGGUCUUAAAAUCUUUGACCUUGGGCUGCUACUUUUCUUUGUUCAGUUUCGAAAUAAAACACAGAGCCUUUUUUUGGGAUCUCUGACGCAGUUGGUUUUCCUCAGAGUUUACACCUUAGGUACCCUGGUAGGUGGAGAGCGAGGGAAUGGCAUUUUAAUGUGUGGUAACCCCACAUUUCCCUCUGUGAGCAGGGCUACAGUUGUGAAGAGCUGUAUCCUCUGCUGAUGAUGGGGGCUGCCUCAGACCCCGCCCCCUUUUGGCAAGGGGGAGGGGUCUUUCUUCCUGUGGCUGUUUGGCGAGAAGCCUCCACUUUGAUGUAGGGGGUUGGAGGCGCCCCCACGGGCGGCAACACCACUGAACCUCUGUAUCAGAGGACGGUGUGCUGCCAGACCAGGAAGGAGGGGAGGUGGGGUAGGGUGGGGUGGAGUUUUGGGCGCACUGUUCAAGAGGGGGACGACAGAUGCACGUCAGCUUUAAGCGCAGAGUGGGCUCGGUGAUUGAGGUGCCACCGUGUGGCGCCCACCGCAGUCCCCCUCGCUCGUGAAGCCCGUCCCCCUUCUGAGGACCGUCGUAAAACCUCUGCCUCAGGCGAAACGCUCGACGGCGGUCCUCGCCUGAGUGGCGGCACGCCUUUUGCACAGCGCUCUCCACCCCUAGAGAGGCACCCGGGGUGCCAGGCGUGAAGACUCGCAGGAAUCGACGCAAACGGUUCCCUGAACAAAAAAAAAAAAAAACACACACAACAACGCCCCGACUCCCGCAAGAGCCCUGUGUUCUCUCUCAUGGAGCUGUCCCUUAAUGAGCUGGGUUUGAUUCUGCAUCC